UACGUUUCACAUUUUCGUAGUGUACAUAUAUUCACAACAGGUAAACAACACAUCAACGACGCGCAAGCAAACCCUUGACUUCAAAACACAAGAACCAGUAAGGGCUCUACUCCUCGAAACAUACGCAUCAUUGUUUACGAGCUGAAUUUGAAAGCGGUUGACUAUGCUCUGCAUAUCUCUCUAUCUGAUUACUUCGCUCAGCGUUCACGUUAUAAGCUCAAAAACAUAUUACCUCGCGGAAAAAGGAAAGCUUGGUAUCGAUCACAUUCUCUCCCGUGCGACUUUGAGUUGUACAGAAGACUGUAUUCUCUUUUGUGAUGGAGAGAAAGCCGUUACUGCGAACUAUGAUGUGACGAAGGGGACGUGUGUCUGUCACUCGGUUUAUCCCGAGAUGCUCUCUCUGGUGACACAGGCAAACAGCUUCAUGUACGCCAAUCAGGUUUGUAGAGCAGCUGCUGGCUUUGGGUACGUCUACAACAACUCCGCGCACUUCUGCUACAAAGUACAGACGAACAUGGCCACCUGGUUGAAAGGCCGUGAGGUAUGCCAAAGCGAGGGUGGCGACCUUGCCAAGUUAGACACUCCCGAGAAGCGACAGUUAAUGCGAGAGAUUGUUGCAGCAGAUGGAGCCAAUGAAUACUUCCUUGGAGCAACAGACAUGGCCGAGGACGGAGUAUGGAGAUGGACAGUGGACGACACAGUCUUUCCGGAGUACACAAAGAGGGGUCAUUCCAAAUGUCUCGAAAUUGAACCAAAUUUGAAUUUUGAUGACACUGGAUGCCACAACGAAGAGCAAAAAUACAUCUGUGACAUUUCUCUUCAGUAAGAUUAUUAUAAUCAGCAAUUAAACCCAGAAUGUGCAAAUUCUUACCAGGAAAUUAAAGCAGCUACUCGUCGCACGUGCUUGUUGUUUUCUCCAUAGGUUAAUAGACCCGUGAAGAUUCCGGGGUAGAAUAGGUCUUCAGCAACCCAUACUUGCUGUAAAAGGC